GGAUACGGACAAAAAGAGAAUCGAAGAGUUGCUGGAAGAGAAUAUGGUGCUGGAGAUUGCUCAGAAGCAAAGCAUGAAUGAGUCUGUACACCUGGGCAGGGAACUGGAGCAGCUAUCAAAGAGCACAGAUCUGUCAGAUACAAGGAAGUCUUUUGUCUUCGAACUGAAUGAAUGUGCAUCAAGUCGAAUCUUGAAGCUUGAAAAGGAUAACCAGAGCCUGCAAAAUAUCAUCCAGGAGCUCAGGGAUGCAUCUGUCACCACUGAAGAGAAUAACCUUAAAUUUGUGGAACUGCAAAAUGAGAAUCAACAGCUUGGCCAAAAGAUUGAGAAGCUGCAGAACCAGAUUGAAAAAGAGAAGCAAAGUAACCAAGACUUGGAGUCUUUAAGUGAGGAGCUUCUCAAAGAGAAGGAAGAGCUUCAGGGGAUGAUGGAGACCUUGAAGGCCAGCAAAGAGAGACAGAUAAAAGACCUGGAAAAAGAAACAGACCAUCUCAGUCAAGUGGUUCUGUCUCUGAGGCAGAGGUCUCAGGUCAGUAGUGAAGCCAGAGAGAAAGACAUUGAAGUGGAAAACAAAAUACUCCAUGAAGCAGUUACAGAAACCAGUAACAAGCUCAGCAGGUUGGAGUUUGAGAAGAAACAAUUGCAGAAGGAUUUUGAGCAAGUUAAAGAGAAAGUGGAAAGGGUAGAAGAAAUGGACAAAGAGCUUCAUCGACUGGAGAAAGAAAAUGAGCAGCUUACAAAGAAAGUUGCAGCUAUGAAAAUUACCACAGAAAAAGUAGAAGUUCUUGAGCAAGAAAAUGGGGACCUUGAAGCAGAGAAUAAGAAGCUGAAGAAAUCCCUAGAUACCUUGCACAAUGUUUCUGUCCGUCUGGAAAGCUUGGAGAAGGACAACAAAGUACUAGAUGAAGAGAACCUGGAGCUUAGGAAAAUGGUAGAAACUAUGCGUUUUACCAGCACAAAAAUUGCCCAGAUUGAGGCUGAAAACAAAGAGCUAGAAAGAGAAAAAGAGGAGCUUAAGAAAAACGUAGAGGUGUUCAAAGUUCUGAUUAAGAAAUCAGAAAGGUUGGAGCUGGGUUACCAGAGUAUGAAUGCUGAAAACCAAAGACUUGAGCAGAUUCUAGAAAACAGCAGCAGGAAAAUCCAGCAGCUGGAGAAAGAACUCCAGGGGGUUGGAACUGAAAAUCACACUCUUCAGAGGAAAUUAGAGGAGCUGCGGGUUUCGAAUAAGCAAAUGGAAUGGCUGGAAAAGGAGAAGAAAUUGUUAGAGCAAGAAAUGUCCCAGUUGGAUAAAGACAAGAAAAUGCUAGAGAAGGAGACAAAAAGGCUUUGGCACCAGGUGGAGCUAAAAGAGGUCAGCUUGGAUGAGAAUGCUGCAAAGCUGGCUGCAAUGGUGAAGGAAAACAAAUCACUAGAAAGAGAACUUGCUAGAUUCAGAGACUCAUCCAGUAAGAUGAAAGAAUUUGAAAAGGAUAAUAAAGACCUUCUAAAGCAAGUUACCAUUGAUAAGAAAACACUAGCAACAUUGAGAGAGGAUUUGGUUUUUGAGAAGUUAAAGAAUCAGAGGUUGUCUUGUGAGAUGGACGAGUUGAACCGAGAACUGGAAAAGAUUGGCUUGAAUAAGGAGCUGCUCCUUCAAGACGAUAGUAGCAGUGAUGACAGGAAAUAUAAGAUCUUGGAAAGAGAAAGUGAACGUGCUCUGAAAACCACACUAGCCAAUAAAGAAGAGAAAAUUGUUUUAUUGGAAGCCCAAUUGCAAGAGGUCCAUAAGUUAAACCAGCAGUUGCAGAAUGACCUAAAUAUGAUGAGGAGGAAGGACAUGGAAAUCCUGAAGGCGAAGCAGGAUGGUGGAACACACAUGCAGAAUUCAUUGAAGCAGCACACUGAAAGCUUAGCUUCCGAUCAACAGAUGAAGGAGGAGUGGGCUAUGGGUCAUAAGGAGGCAACGAUGGAGCUUCUGAAAGUGAAAGACAGAGCUAUAGACCUGGAAAGGAAUAAUGCCGCUCUGCAUGCAGAGAAGCAGCUGCUUAAAGAACAGCUAAGACAUCUGGAAAUUCAGAACACUUCUUUCAGCAAUCAGAUCCUGACACUACAAAAACAAAAUGCCUGUCUCCAAGAGCACAACACAGCAAUGCAAACACAAACAGCCAAGCUCCAGGUAGAGAACUCAACCCUGAAUUCCCAGAGUGCCUCCUUGAUGGCCCAGAACACUCUUCUUCAAAACCAGCAGCUGGCCAAGGAGAAUGAGUGUGAGGUCUUGCUGAAGCAGAAGGAACAGCUCAAGGCAGAAUACGAGUCCCUCCUUCAGGACCACGAGCACCUCGCGUCCCUGCAUGAGCGGCAGUCUACAGAAUAUGAGAUGCUGAUAAAACAGCACAGCUGUCUCAAAACACUGCACAAAAAUCUUGACCUAGAGCACAAAGAUCUGGGAGAACGCUAUAACAGCUUGUUACAGCACAAAGCCAAACUGGAAGAGCUGGAGAUGAUUUUAAAAACAGAAAAAGAUGUUCUGCAACAGGAAAAGAGAGCAAGCAUGAUGGUGACUGCAGAGAACCAAAAGCUGAGAGAAGAGUUGGAAAGGGUGAAUUUCUUACACAGCAAACUCAAAGCAGAGUAUGAAGGCCUUCAUAUCCACACUAAGGAGUUGAAAACAUCUUUGAAUAAUUCUCAGCUAGAACUGAAUCGUUGGCAAGCUCGCUAUGAUGAGCUGAAGGAACAGCACCAAAACAUGGACCUCUCCUUGACCAAAUUGGACAACCACUGUGAGCUUCUUGCUCGACUGAAAGGAAACCUAGAAGAAGAGAAUCAUCAUCUCCUAAGUCAGAUCCAGAUGCUGAGUCAGCAGAACCAAAUGUUGCUGGAGCAGAACAUGGAGAACAAGGAACAAUACCAUGAAGAACAGAAGCAAUAUAUUGAUAAGCUAAAUGCCUUAAGGAGACACAAAGAAAAACUGGAGGAGAAAAUUAUGGAUCAGUAUAAAUUUUAUGAUCCAGCUCCAAAAAAGAAGAACCACUGGAUAGGGGCCAGAGCCUUGGUUAAGCUUAUAAAGCCAAAGAAGGAUACUGCAAGAGAACACCUGAAAUCUUCAGCAGAGAACCCUUCAUGGCAUUCAGAGAGCACAGAGACUGCAGGGUCCCCAUCGCCUUCACAGCUGCCCAAGCCACAAGAAAGUUUGGAGAGCACCUCUGUGGAGUCAAACUCCAUGGAAGGUAGAGAAAAUAUUACUGGAGAGCAUCAUAAUGGCAAAGAUUCAAAGCUGAAGAGAAUCUCUCAUUAUGGAGGCAGCAGUGACCACAUGGAAAAUGCAACAGACUCUGCUAUUAAGCAGUGCUAUGUCGAACCAAGUUCCAGGACGUAUUCUGCCUCAGCAACUUACUUGGCCACUUCAGGUUCUAGUCCCAGCUCCAGACAACAAACCAGACCUAAAGGCCAUAAUUCAGAUACUGAUCUGCAAGAAAAUGCCCCUGAGAUAGAGCUUUCAAACAAGCAGCACACUUCCAGGCCAAACAGCUUAGAGAAUAGUGAAAAUGCAUCCAGGACCAGCUCCCCUUUAAACUUGAGAGGAUCUUGGGACCAUCUUCGUGGCAGAUCAGAGAGUCUCAGCAGUGAAGAUACAGUGCUGAGUAAGGAUGUGCUUGGGUCAUCUAGAGAUGGCCUGUUUUAUCCCACCUCUUCUGCUGUUGCGGGCUCAAACACUAAGCACAGUACCUCCCUUACAAGGAACAACUUGUUCUCGUAUGAUAUACCUCCAAAAAGUAACCAAGCCCAGGUGCCGUCUGUUAGGAACCGAUCCGCCUCUCCGGGCAGUGAGAUGGUAACCUUGGAAGAAUUCCUGGAAGAAAGUAACAGGCUGUCUCCCCUGAAUGAAACCUCCAAUAGAGAUGACUUGUUGGGUGACUAUUUCAGAAAAGCGAACGAAUCUUCAUCUGUUGGAAAUCAGCUUUCUCAGAACAAUCGGAAAGAGGCAACCAAGAUGCCAACCAGUUAUGUCACGCCAACCAUCAAAAUGCCCAGUACUAACGAAGAUGGAAGGUCAGCUAAGCCAGGCCAUUAUGUCAAACCAAACUUCAGGCCAGCUGAAUCAGAGCCCCCAGCAAACCCUGCUGGUUCCUACAAGCUUACUCAAGCAUCUCAGAGUCAGGCCAGCAGGGGACCAAGGCAGGGGGCACAGCCUCAGCAAUGCAGCAGCAUGAGUCGGCAUAGCUCAUCUCUAAACCGUGCAUUCAGCCUGGCCUCAGCAGACCUCCUUCGAGCCACUGGGCCAGAGGUAUACAGGCGCUAUGAUAGCCUCCCGAAGCCUGUGACAGCAGAUAUCCAAACGGGUCAGGACUCCGACAGGCCUCAGCCUCUCCAGGUCCCUUUAGCUUCUGGCUCUCAAGUCUCUCUGCGAGAGAGGCCGCAGUCUGCAAAGGUGUCGGGUUCUUUGCAAAGUGUGGAUUCUCGCUGUCGACAGCUUGAUGUUCGGCGGCUCUCUCUAGCUCCUCCAAAAGAUGACAGAUCACCCUUGUUCCCUCCAGUUUCAUACACUCCCACCACGUCCAAGGAUGAUCUGAACUCUCAGACGCAGGAACACAUGAAGGGUGCAGAGCAGCACUGUUCCCUUCCCCAGUAUGCUGCGUCCAGAAUCAAAUCUAAGCUGGCAUUGCGGCCUGGAGAAGUGGCCACCGUGGCUCCUGUCAGAAUUGUUUCUGGCAGCACAGAGGGGGGCAAUCCCCAAGCACUGGGGCCGAGCGACACUUCCUUUGCCAAAUGUCGGAGUCGGUCACCUGAAAAUAAAAGCCUAGCAGGGGUCACUGAAGAAGCCAACAGAGGGGUUGGCCCCAAGAACCCGCCAACAUCACCUGAUCCCCAUGGUGAUCAGCAGACUGUUUGGUACGAAUAUGGCUGUGUGUGAUGCUUUCUCCCCCCUUACUGCCCUCAUCCCAUGUUCCCUAAGAGAUGAACAGAAUGUGUUUCACUACUGAAACGAGGUGACUUUGGAAGUCAUGAUUUCUCAAAGCACAGAGCCACCUACAUAUUGUCUCAGACGUCUUCUAGAUGCUGACAGCAGAGAAGAACAAAAUCCAUUGGUGUAACGAAAGGGAAAGAUUGCCAAAUAUGGUUGCUCUUGUGCCUACAAGACCACAAGGACGUUUUCAUCAUGCCCUCCUCUUCUUGCCCUCCCUCAAAUCCAGGAAUUAUGCUGAACCACAGACGAUUCUACCCAAUGUUAAUUGUCUGGAAUGUACAUUAGGCUGACAAUGGAUGCAUCCCAUGAUGCAUGCUGGUUUGCUCCUCCUGUUCUUCAUGGCCUCUGUAUCACACACACACGGGCUUUUCCGCCUGCACAGAGCCUUUCGUUGGGAAGCUUCUAUAGCUAAGCAUUCAUUUUGGUCUUAAUUGGAAAAAUUUGUGUGUGUGUGUGUGUGUGUUUCUCUGAACUCAAGCCUUAUUGAAAAUGCAGUAGACACCUCCCUCUGUUAUUUUACAGUGUCAGGUUCUUUUUGCUAAUCUGGAAGUCUGUUCUUGGAUCUGGUAAACAGCUGCUGCUUAAAUGCAGGAUGCCUCAAUCCCCUGUUCUGGUGACUGUUGCAGUAUGUUAGAGGCCUGUUAAAAGUCCUAGCCUUUCCCCGCCUGCAUCUGCACUGUGGAGCAGUUGAGGUGCUGUCUCUCCCCCCCCCACCCCCCCCCCGGUAUAUAUACACAUAUUAAUGUACUAUGGAAAACACUGGAACUGAUGCACCUUUAAAUGGUGAGUCUCUAUGCACUAGAUUGUCUUGUUUACUAAUACAUACAUUAAAUCACUGUGUGGUUCUGUUGGGAACCCAGAGAACAUGGUCAUUCUGCUUGUCUUCUAACGUACAGUUGCCUGUAUCCUAAAUGAUAUGUAGCAAAUUAAUUUGAUGAUGCUCAUGGCUGCUGCAGUCCGCAGACUAAUCUGGCUUAUAGGAUCCUGUCUCACCUAGUAGUUGAAGAUUUGAGUUGUAGCUUCUGACUUGAUCUGUGUAGAAACCAAAAUGCAUUUAUGAUGCACAUGAAAUAAAUCAUUUUUAUUAAAUCAUAUUUAUACACAAAUGGAAUCUUAUACACUUCAGGAAUUUUGUUGACUGCUUAUGUUUAUCUCACAUGUAUGUGUUUCUGGGUGUUUUGCUUGUACAUUUUCUUUGUAAGAGAUUAACAAACGUGUAAGUGUUCUAAGUUCAUGACUUACUAUAGUGAGAGAACACAAAAUCUGUAACAAUUGCACAAAACCAGUGACUAGUGUGUUUCAUUGUGUGUAGCUAUCACAUUGUAAGAAGAGCAGGAUUGUCUAUAAUAAAGCCUUUUAAAAAUA